AUGGCUUCUUCUUCUUCUUCUUCUCCUCUUUUUCUGCCAAUUUCUCCUCAACAAAAGCAUGAGGUUCAAAAAAAAUAUAAUGUGUUUCUCAGUUUCAGAGGUGAAGACACCCGCAAUAAAUUUUUCAGCCAUCUUGAUUCUGCUUUAUCUGCAAAGUACAUCUCAACUUUCAUGGAUGAUCAUGAACUUCAGGUCGGUGAUGAAAUUUCACCCACACUUGGCCAAGCUAUCCAGAAUUCCAAAAUCUUGGUUAUCAUUUUCUCUGAAAAUUAUGCUUCAUCGACAUGGUGUUUGAAUGAGCUGGUGGAAAUUCUUGAAUGCAAGAAAAGAAAUGAGCAGAGUGUUGUCAUUCCAAUCUUUUAUGAGAUAGACCCAUCGGACGUGCGAAAACAGAAGGGGAGUUAUAAACUUGCAAUUGUUGAACUUGAAGAACGUUUUAAAGAUGGAAUGGAGAAGGUGCAUCAAUGGAGGGUUGCACUGACAGAAGCGUCUAAUCUAAGUGGAUUGAAUUCGACGACUUUCAGGGGUGAGAGUGAGUUAGUUCAAGAAAUCGUCAAAAAUAUUUUGGAAAGAUUGUUGCAAUAUCAAUCAUCAGAUGAGCAUUAUUUCAAAGGGCUCAUUGGAAUCAAAGAAAAUAUAAAGAAAAUUGAAAGGAUAUUAUCCAUUGACUCAAAAGAUGUUCGAAUUAUAGGUAUCUGGGGCAUGGCAGGUAUUGGAAAGACUACCCUUGCCAAAGUUGUAUUUCAAAAAUUAUCAAAUUCUCAAUUAUUUGAAGGUUGCUAUUUCCUUGAAGAUGUUAGAGAAAAAAUUAAAGUACCUGGAGGAUUAGAUCAUCUGAGAAAGAAUCUUAUAUGUUGUUUAUUGAAUGACAAAACUAUUCAAAAGAUGGAUACCCCACUUGAAGCUUUACCUUCUAUUAUUUUUCAGAGACUUCGACGUAAAAAGGUACUUAUUGUUUUGGAUGAUGUGGAUAGCUCAAUCCAAUUAAAUGUUUUAGUUGAAGGAUGUUGUGAACUUGCUCCUGGAUGUAGAAUCAUUGUUACAACUAGAGAUAAGCAAGUGCUUAGGAUAGCAGCCGAUAGUAUUUACCAGGUUAAGAGCUUAAAUGUCAUUGAAUCUCUUGAGCUCUUCCGAUUGCAUGCAUUUCGUGAAAACUCUCCAACCAUUGAUGAUGAAAUGGUUUUAGAGGUAAUAAGAUAUGCUGAUGGGAACCCACUAGCUUUUAAGGUCUUGGGCUCUUUCCUUUGCUGUAGAAGUCAAAUAGAUUGGGAAAGUGCACUGAAGAAGCUAAAAAGGGUUCAAGAUUCGGAAAUUGAAAAAGUGUUGAAAGUUAGUUACAACGGGUUAGAUAAAGGGACCAAGGAAAUAUUUCUUGACACUGCUUGCUUAUUUAAUUCCUUUUUUACAAGAGGCCAUGUAGAAAGAAUAUUAGGUGGCGGUAAUUCCACUGUGGAAAUAGAACUAUGGAUGCAUGAUUUGCUAUGGAUGCUAUGGAUGCAUGAUUUGCUACGCCAAAUGGGUCCGGCAAUUGUAUGUGAUGAAGAUAAAGAACCUGGUAAUCACAGUAGGUUGUGCAAUGCUGUGGAAGUUUGUGAUGUAUUGGAAAAUUGUACAGGAACCGCAGCAGUUGAAGUCAUAUCAUUGGACAUGUCUGAAAUUAAAAAAAAUGUUAUAAUGGGUCAUGGAGCCUUCUCAAAUAUGCGCAACCUACGAAUUCUCAAAGUUUCUUAUGGUCAUGAUGAUACUACCAAAAAUGAGUGGAUCCACAACCAUGUUGAAAAGCUUUGGAAUAGUCGCAAAGUUAUGUCUCUUCCGGUGUUAAAAAGGAUGGAUCUUAGUUAUUCUGAGUUCCUUACUCAACUACUAGAUUUGACACAGGCUCCUAAUCUGGAAAGGAUAAAUCUUGAAGGCUGUACAAGCUUGGUUCAAGCUCACAUUUCUCAAAAGUUUGCACCCAAUUUAAGAUAUUUAGGUUUGAAUGAGACGGCAAUAGAAACUGUGCCCCCAUCAAUUGGGUCGGGUCUUGUUAAAUUAGAUUUGAAGUUUUGUAAAAGACUUAAAAGUCUUCCAACAAGCAUUUGUCAUUUGAAAUCUGUUGAAUCAUUACGUCUAUGUGGUUGUAAGAAACUGAAAGGGUUUCCAGAAAUCUUGGAGCCUAUGGUACGGUUAAUAACACUUUAUCUAAGUCUGAGUGGGAUUAGAGAGUUGCCAGAGUCGAUUGAAAAUCUAGUUUCCCUUGAAGUUGUACUUAUGGAUGAAUGCAAGGACCUUGAGUUUCUUUCCAAUGGUCUAUGUAAAUUAAGGAACCUUAGGCUGAUAUCGCUCUUCGACUGUUCAAAAAUUGAAAAAUUGCCUCCCAUUCCACCAUCUUUGAACACCUUGUGCGUGGAUUAUUGUCAGAGAUUGAAAUCUUUGCCAGAGGUUCCAUCUCAAUAUUUAAGUGUGUCUGCAUGUCACUGCACAUCACUGGAGAACAUUUCUAAUAUUAGGAGUGUUUCACCAUUCCUGGAAGCGGAUCCCCUUGCAAAAAAACCACGUUCAUGUCCUGAUUACUUUGAAUUUUACGGUUGUGGAAAAUUGAAUCAGAACACACGCAACAUGCUUGCUGAUGAGGCAUUAAUUCAUAUUCUUCAUCGUUUGCACUUUGGAUCAACUGCCCUAGUUGCUAGAUCAGUGUAUUUUUUCUAUCCGGGAGAUGAAAUUCCAGAGUUGUUCAACCAUCAAACUUGUGGGACUUCAAUCGAUAAUAUUGUUCUUCCUCCAAAUCGGAAUUAUGACAACUUCUUGGCUUUCGCUUGCUGCAUUGUUCUUCAUCAGAAUAUAAAUUGCAAAUGUAUAUCACUUGAAUUUCAUUGGAAAUCCAAUUCCAAAACCUUCUGUUGUUUUAGUGAGUAUGGUUUUUUUAGGUUCCAACAUCUUGAGCAUAGGAAGAGACGUUAUAUGCAAAAACUUAGACGCCUCAUUGAAGGUUGUGAAUCAAGUGGAAGUGAAGCUAUUGAUUCUCUUGAGGAAGAAGACGAUGAUGAACCACAUUUUAAGAAACUCAACGUUAUGGGACUGUUUAUAAGUUUAUGGAGUAAACGCUUUAACUACAUCAUGUCCUUACGGGCUUCCGCUGUAGCAGUGUACUCUGCUUCUGUCAUGGAUAAAGCUACAGACUUUUGCAAUAUUGACUGCCGUGACAUAGCUCCUCCAGUAAAAGUGUAA